GAAGAGUAAGAACAUGAGCACGACGGUGAAUCCAAAGACGGCUAAGGCGGCGCGGGUGGAGCUCUGGGUGGAGGCGGUGUCCAAGAAACCUCCAAGAUCGGAGAAGGUGGGGAACGGAAGCUAUGGUGGUCAGCUGGUGAGGCCGAAGAAGGGAGUGGGCGGAAGAUUUGGAGGUCAACUUGCGCAACAGACAUUGCCUGACAUGGCGCCCUUCCGGGAGAUACAGUUGCCUAUCGUGGCUGUGCAAAAUCUUCCUGCUGCUCAAAUCGCGUUGAAAGUGGUUGGUGUCGCUCUCGCACUUCCCGCCCAUAUGAAGAAUAGUGAUAUGUAUGUGGAUCUAGCUCACACUAAAUUUCAGGCUAUGGUGGCGAGUUUUCGCGCUCAAAAGGAAGGGGCGGAUAUCAUAGCAUAGUUGAGUUCGGAGCAAGCUUAGGUCAUAAGGCUGUAGAGCCAGCAUGCCGGCACUGAACAACGC